CGGCAGCAAAGCAAAAGGAGAUUUUCCGUCAGUCGCGGGAAUGUGACCAGUUGUCGAAAAUUUUCGGUAUUUUGGGUAAAAAAGACCUGCGCCACACCAAAUCUUCUCUGGUUUUUUUUUGCUCUCCUCUCGCGAAACAAUAAGCGAAUCAACUAAGAACCAUCGAUAUUACGGAUUUAAGUGUCAUCUGUCAUGGUUUGACGCAGCAGCUACAAACUGUUAAGUGUUCUUUUUAGUAUACAUAUAUAAAGACAACAAGAACAGAAACAUACACACGCACUCGUCAAAUUGCAACAAGGGAAACAGAGGAUGAGUAGCCAGGGACACCACAAAAUGCAGGGAUGCAGUGGACUAUCCGGCGGAAUGCAGAGCUCCACAUCCAAUGCCUCCGGCAAGAACAACAAUGGCGGUGCCCAGGAGCAGGAGUUCACCGACGAGAUCGACCUGGGCGACCGCUUCUCGGCGGACAUGGCCCGCCUGUGCAUGAACGAGCGGUACUCGGACGUGGAGUUUGUCGUCGAGGAGCAGCGCCUGCCCGCCCACCGCGUUGUUUUGGCCGCCCGCAGCGAGUAUUUCCGUGCCCUGCUCUACGGCGGAAUGGCGGAGACAACACAGCGUCAAAUACCGCUGGAGGUGCCCCUGGAUCCCUUUAAAGUCCUGCUGCGAUACAUUUACUCGGGCACUCUUCUACUGUCCACCUUGGACGAGGAUGCCGUCAUCGAUGUCCUCGGCAUGGCCAAUCAGUAUGGCUUUCAGGAUCUGGAAAUGGCCAUCUCGAACUAUCUGCGCCAGUACCUGGCCCUCAACAAUGUGUGCAUGAUCCUGGACGCCGCACGACUCUACAACCUGGAGGAGCUCACCCAGGUGUGCCUGAUGUUCAUGGAUCGCAAUGCGGCCGACUUGCUGCAGCAUGACUCGUUCAAGACCCUGUCUAAGGAAUCACUGGAGGAGGUGCUGCGACGCGACUGCUUCUUUGCCCCCGAGGUGCAGAUCUUUCUGGCCGUUUGGAAAUGGAGCCGCUACAAUCCCAAUGUGGACAUCAAGUCGGUGGUUAGCUUUGUGCGCCUCCCGCUCAUGAACCUGGAGCACCUGCUGCAGGUUGUCCGUCCGUCGGGCAUCCUGGAGCCCGACAAGAUACUCGAUGCCAUCGACGAGCGGAGCACCUCGAAAACGCUGCCCUACAGGGCGGCCCUCUGGCCGGAGGAGAAUGUGGCCACCGCCAAGUUCCUGUCGCGCUGCAUCCAAGGCGAGUGCCGCACCGCCCUGCUGGACGGCGAUGUGACCACCUACGACAUGGAGCACGGCUAUACGCGCCACUGCAUCACGGACAGCAACGAUGCGGGCAUUGUGGUCGAACUGGGCACGCUCUGCAUGAUCAAUCACAUACGUAUGCUGCUCUGGGACAGCGACAGUCGGGCGUACUCCUACUUCGUUGAGGUGUCCGGCGACCAGCAGCAUUGGGAGCGCGUGGUGGACUACAGCGAUUACCACUGCCGCUCCUGGCAGUACCUGUACUUCGCAGCGCGUCCCGUGAGAUUCAUCCGCCUGGUGGGCACCCAGAACACAGUCAACCGGGUAUUUCAUGUGGUGGGACUGGAGGCUAUGCACACGGCCAAGGUGCCGCGACUGAUCGACCAUUUCGUGGCGCCCAAGGCCAAUGUGGCCACCAUCGAGAUGAGCGCCAUUGUGACCGACGGAGUGAGUCGCACCCGCAAUGCGCUGAUCAAUGGCGAUUAUGUGCGAUACGACUGGGACUCGGGCUACACGUGCCAUCAGUUGGGCAGCGGCGAGAUCGUGGUGCGUCUGGGCCAGCCCUAUCACGUCGGCUCCAUGCGUCUGUUGUUGUGGGACUGCGAUGACCGCACUUACAGCUUCUACAUCGAGACCUCGACGAAUCGCAAGGACUGGCAGAUGGUGGUGGAUCGGCGCAACGACAAGGCCCGCUCCUGGCAGAACUUUCACUUCACUCCACGUCCCGUGGUUUUCAUCCGCAUCGUUGGCACCCGCAACACGGCGAAUGAGAUCUUCCAUUGCGUCCACCUGGAGUGUCCCACCCAGGACAAGUGCUACCUGAAGAAGAUUGCCGAUAUGGAGAGGGAGCGUGAGAAGGAUAAGGUGAAGGAGCGCGAAACGGAGAAGAAGGUCGUGAAGCCUGAAGAAGAUGACAAUACUGCCUCUACCUCGGUAGCUUCAAUUGCUGCCCCCGGUGAAAGUCCCUCCACAUCUUCGCCCAGCAGCAGCAGCCAAAGCGUCUUAAAGUCCAACCACUGGCCGCCAACGACACAGUCUCCCAAACCGGAGCAAACCAAGGAAAAGGCUUCGCCAGUCGUGCCUCAGCUGCCCACUCCUCUGACGCCCGCUGUAUCGCCACCACUCAAACGGGAGCAAAAUGAGCCGAGGAAGAGUCCCAGCGCAAGCUCCAACACACCAAACAUCAGUCCAAGUCCAAGUCCCAGCAGCAACCCGAGUCCAAGCCAAAGCAGGAGCAGAAGCCAGAGUGCGGAGCCUGAGCCUGAGCGUGAACCAGUGCCGCCAUUGGUGGAGCUGGACACCAAGGAGGAGCACUAAGAGCACUGCUGCUGCCGGAGAUGUUGAUGAUAUUUUGUACUUGAUCCCCUUGAAAUACUCCCGUGGUCAAACUGUUAACCCCGGCAGAGAUUUUGCACUCCGUGCUGCUCUUGUUAUCUAGUCCUUCCCAGUGCCCCCGUUUGUGGGCUCCCAAAAACAUUCGUUUAUACGUUAAUAUAUAUAUAUUUAUAUACAAAUGUAUAUAUAUAGUUUUGAUUGAUUGUGAUCCAGAGAGAAUUCCUUUUGUUUGCAAGGCAGCAGAGUUAUUUAUAUAAGCAAUAGCACUUAAUUCUAUGCACACACCUAUCGCGAAUCCGAACGAGAGAUUUCUGAGCAGCUGAACCAAAAUUGUAUACGAGGCAUCUGUCCAGAGUUGUGGCCUGUCCAUUGUCCUUAACCAAAAUUAUCCAGUUGAUCCGCAACUCAUAGUCUAGGCUCUUUGAGCGGCCCAAAAAGUAAGCUCUAUUUAUUAGGCAAAUUUUGUCAUAGUUUGUACUGCACCCAAAUAAAAGCUAACCAAAAAAAGUUGACAA